CAAUUCAAUUUCCCCUUUCACCUCUUUCCUGUUUGUGCAUUUAAACAAGUCGACAAAAUAAAAGCAACACAUAAUAGACACACUAUUCCCACGCAAUCAUGUACUAGUUGCAAAAGGGAACCACCCCAUUUCCCCUACAACGGUUACUAUAAAUUUUUCUUGAAACUAACCAAGCCAAUAUCGAAAAGAUUGAAUUUUUAGAUGGAUUUUCAUUCAUUUUUGACAUCUUUAGCAACUUCUUUUAUUUUAUUUGUGAUUUUGAUGUUUCUAUUCACAUGGCUUUCAAGAAAAUCAGGGAAUGCUGAGGUUUAUUAUCCGAAUCGGAUCUUAAAAGGUAUGAAUCCGGUUGAAGGUGGGUACAUGACCCGGAACCCCUUUGCUUGGAUGAGGGAAGCUAUUUCAUCAUCUGAAACUGAUAUAAUCAACAUGUCUGGAGUUGAUACUGCUGUCUAUUUUGUUUUCCUUGCCACUGCAUUGGGAAUAUUUGUCUUCUCGGGCAUUGUUCUACUGCCUGUACUUCUACCAGUCGCUGCAACCGAUCAUACUAUAAGGGCAGUCAUUACCACCAGCAAGGGGACUUUCAAUGAACUUGAUAAGUUAUCUAUGGGGCAAGUUGGCAAUUCAGGUGCGAGGUUGUGGGCAUUUAUAGUUGCCACAUAUUGGGUUUCCAUUGUUUCUUACUUCUUUCUGUGGAAAGCAUACAAGCAUGUUGCAGAACUGAGAGCUAAAGCUCUUAUGUCUCCAGAAGUUAGAGCCGAUCAAUUUGCUAUUCUUGUCAGGGAUAUUCCUUCUGUAUCUGAGGGUCAAAGUAAAAAAGAGCAGAUAGAUUCAUACUUUAGUGCAAUCUACCCUGAAACAUUUUAUCGAUCAAUGGUGGUGACAGACAAUAAGAAGGUGAACAAAAUUUAUGAAGAGUUAGAAGGGUAUAAAAAGAAGCUUGAACGUGCUGAAGCCAUCUAUGCAGAGUCAAAGAACACAAAUCCUGAUGCACUAAAACCCUCGCAUAAAACUGGUUUCCUUGGAAUUAUCGGUGAAAAGGUGGAUUCAAUUGAAUUCUAUAAUGAUAAGAUUAAGGAGUUGAUCGAAAAGCUAGAAGCCGAACAAAAGUUGACUCUCAAAGAGAAACAACAAUCAUCUGCACUUGUCUUUUUCAACAGCAGGGUGGCUGCAGCUUCAGCAUCACAGAAUUUACAUGCCCCAAUAGUUGACACAUGGACUGUUAUGGAUGCUCCAGAACCCCGACAGUUGAUUUGGACUAAUCUUUCAAAAAAGUUUUAUGAGAGAAUAAUUCGCCAGUAUGUUGUGUAUGUUGUUGUGUUUCUGACCAUAUUCUUUUACAUAAUUCCGAUUGGGUUCAUUUCUGCAUUGACAACUUUAGACAAUUUGGUGAAGAUGCUCCCUUUUUUGAAACCGGUUGUUAAGCUGGAGGUCAUCAAGACAGUGCUAGAAGCAUAUUUACCUCAACUUGCACUUAUCAUAUUUUUGGCUUUGUUGCCAAAGUUUCUUCUGUUUCUAUCCAAAGCAGAGGGCAUCCCAUCAGAAAGCCACGCAACAAGAGCUGCUUCAGGGAAAUAUUUUUAUUUCACUGUGCUGAAUGUAUUUAUUGGUGUUACUCUGGGUGGAACUCUAUUCACUUCCUUCAAGAGCAUCGAGCAUGAUCCCAACUCUAUUUUUGGUGUGUUGGCAAAAAGCCUUCCACAGAAUGCAACUUUCUUCUUGACUUUUGUGGCUUUGAAAUUCUUUGUCGGCUAUGGGCUGGAACUGUCUAGAAUAGUUCCUCUAAUCAUAUUCCAUCUCAAGAAGAAGUAUUUGUGCAAAACUGAAGCUGAGAUAAAGGAGGCUUGGGCUCCUGGCGAUCUAGGCUAUGCAACUCGAUUUCCCAAUGAUAUGCUGAUUAUGACGAUUGUCCUAUGCUAUUCCGUCAUAGCUCCAAUAAUUAUUCCGUUUGGUGUGGCAUACUUCGGUCUAGGGUGGCUUCUUCUCCGGAAUCAGGCACUCAAAGUGUAUGUUCCGUCAUUCGAGAGCUACGGAAGAAUGUGGCCCCAUAUUUACACGCGCAUGAUAGCUACCUUGAUUUUGUAUCAAGUUACCAUGUUAGGUUACUUUGGUGUUAAAAAGUUCAAGCCUACUCCAGUUCUUUUUCCACUUCCAAUAAUCUCCUUGAUCUUUGCUUUCAUUUGUCAGAAGAAAUUCCGUCGGUUCUUUAUAUCUCCAGCCCUUGAGGUUGUUUCCCACGAACUAAAGGAAGUCCCGAACAUGGAAAUUGUGUACAGAUCUUUCAUUCCACCAUGCUUAAGUGCGGGAAAACCCGAUGAGCAUCAAUUUGAGGACGCGUUAUCUCAUGUGUCCAAACCAGGGUCUUCUUCAGUAUGAUUUGCAAGAAUCUCUUUUAUUUGUUGUAGAUUUUGUGAUACUUAGUUGGUGUGUGUUGAUAGUUUGUUGUACCUAGGAUUUUAGCUUGUGUUGAAUACUUUAUUGGAUAGUUGCUCUAUGUGCAUAGUUUGUGUGCUCAAAGUUAGAUUGUUGUGUUAUUUCUGUAAUGAUAAUAGUAUGAAUUGCUUUGAUUUGUAAGCACUUAGGGUGUGUUUGGUAUGAAGGAGUUACUAGAAAAUGUUUUCUUGGAAAACAAGUAGAUUUUUGACUUAUUUUCUCAUGUUUGGUUGGUGAAUAGAAAAUAUU